AUGCAUCAGAGAAUUACCCCUCAAUGCGGGCUCCUUGACCCCAUACCGUUCACUAGCCAGCGAACACUUCACCUCUUGGCGGUGAAGAAGUUCAUCACAGCCCCUGACGCACUGUCGAUCACUGCCUGUCAACCACAAGUGAACGUUCAACAAUCUGUGUUGCCUGAACUGGUGGCUGGGGUGGACACGUUGUCUUUGCAAUUCAUCCAUCAAUCAUCUACGGUCAUUGUCUUGCAUCUGAACAGCGUGUACAAAGGGCCUACGACCACGGAAGACCUCGGUGAUCCAUUUGAGAUAGCGCCAUUCUCUCUUGCGUGA